GUUGAAUAAUAUUUGUGAAAACUCAUUUAAUAGAAAAUGUCCUGGUUUGGAGGAGGAUUGAGUAAUUUACAAGGCAAAAUUUCCUCUUUCACAGCUCAAGUUCUUAAUGAAGUAGCAGAAAGCGUUCAAGGUGAUGAUGAUCAAGAAAGUCCAGAACAUGUAGAAGAAGUUGCUGGUGCUACAGAAGAUAUUUUACAAUUUAAAAAACAGAAUGAAGACUUGAUCUUGAUCAAUCGUGAACUUGAAUCACAGCUCUCAACACUUUCAAGACAAUACCGCAACUUACUCAGCUCUUCAAAGGGCAAUCAUGAGACGAACGCUGGUGCUAGUAUUGAUGGAGGACAAGAUGAUCAUCAUUCACAGGUGGUCGAGUCCAAGUGGCAGAAGGACGUCCAACAAUGGUUGAAAUCGCAAGGUCUAGAAUUACCUCCAUUUCUCAGAGACGAUCGAGUGAAAUCCAACGAAUGGAAUGGAACAGAAUCUGGCCAAGAUCUCACCUGUCGCGUUGAAGCCCAACAGGCGUACACAAACCUUGUUCAGAAGGUGGCCGCGCUCGAAGAACAGCUAGUAGAUUUGGACCAACAGCACCAAUCAAAUCUUGAAGUAGCUAUCAACAGCCGAAAUCAACUCAAAGAAGAAAAUCGACAGCUACAAUUGCAGUUGGUGCAAUUGGUGAACGACAGACAGCAAGAGCAACAGACUAAAAGUGGACCCCUCUUUCCAAUCGACGAGGAAUCAGAAGAAUUGGAUGGCGACCAAACUGUGGCCCCGAAGCCAACAACAGAAGACGACUUUAGGAGACUUGAAAGCGACCAGCAAUUUUUCCGCCAACAAAUCCUUCAAUUUAAACAACAGUUUGAGUCUAUGAGCGAAAAGCUAAAAGGUUUUGAAUUGAUCCGAUCACAAAACGAUGAACUCGAGAAAGAGGUAGCUACUUUACGGAAAACCGGCUCUCAAUGGGAAUCGGAUUACCAAGCGAAUGAAUCGCGUAUGAACGAGGAGAAUACAGAUUUGAAAGCGAAAUUGGAAGCUUUGCAGAAUCAGAAUCAGAUCCUUUCUUCCAUGACGUCGGUCCUGGAUCGAGUCACAAAUGAAAAUCGCCUCCUCGAAUCUAAUCUUGAAUCGGCCAAUCAAACUCUCCAGGUCAAACUUGAUCUUAUUGAGCAGCUCAAAGCUGAAUUGCUCACCCUAGAAGCCAAUCAACAAACGAGUUCUACCGUUGACACCGUCCAAAUCGAAGCCAGUACAGAACCCCAUUUAAAUUGGCUAGACAUAGAGAAGCAGAUUGAUGAAAAUCGACUGCUUCUAGCGCAGUUGGAAGAACUGAAAGCUCAUCAUAGAUCAUCGGAGACGAAGCAAGUUGAAGACCUGAGAAAUGAAAACCAAAUUCUGGGAGAGCAAAUAAUCCAAGUUCGCGAAGCUCUCGACAGCUGUCGAAUCAAGAUGGAAGAAGUUGAUGCGAGCCGACUGAAAUCUGAGGCCGAUUUAACCAAGAAUCACGAAGAGCUUAUGUUAUGUAAGUCCGAGUUCGAGAGAACCCAAGAAGAAAAACACCUUCUGGAAUCAAAUGUCCAAUCUUUGAACCAAGAUCUUAAUGUCCAUAAAGAGAAAAUUGACUAUUUAACAGUCGAACGACAGAAUUUGAUUGAAGAGAUGGAGAAAUUACAAACACUUCGGGAAACGGACAAAGUAGAGGCCAGCACCGAGACGCAUUCCGAUGAGCAGGAAAUUCAAGAAAUGACUAACGUAAACCUUCGACUUCAGACCCAGUUGGAAGAAUUACGUAAUCAACACGAACAUGAAUAUGGUUUACUAAAGGACGCAAAUGAAGAACUCAAGAACAAUUUAGUCAAAAACGACGAGAUGUUGCAGAAAUCUCAGAUCCAGUUAGAAGAAACCGAAGGGCGUCGCCUGAAUUUGGAAUCGGAAUUAGGUCAACUUGAAAAAGAACUCGAAACGGCAAGGAAACAACAUGAAGAGCUAUCGGAUAGCAAAGCUCGUCAGGAUGAAGCAGUGUCUCGGCUGCAACCUGAACUGGAAGAAUAUCGUCUAACACUGUCUGAAACUCGCGAACUCUGCAAGAAGGAAAGCCUUCGGAACGAGGAACUUGUCCAACUUGUCGAGUUGAAAUCGAAAGAAGCGCAGGAAUUGCUGGAAGAAGUAGAAAUUCUCCGUUCACGCCAUCUUGUACUGGAAGAAGAAAAGUCCAAUACUUCCUGUUUGGAGGAGCGAAUGAUCGCUCUGACUCGAGAGACUGAGGCCAGUAACCAAGAAAUUAUCCAAUUAGGAGAGCAACUGGAAAAGACGCGUCGUGAGCGCGAUGAGCUUACCAACCAAGUAUCGGAAACCAAGACGGAGAAAGAGUUGCUGAGAGAGACCCUUCAAGCGUUUCAACAACAGAGAGAACAGCUUGUACAAACCGUCCAACAGAAACAUCAAGAGGCCGUCAAUUACCAUGCUGAGACGCUGCGCUUGGCCAAGAUUUGCGAGGAACUCCAGAUGAGAUUGAACGAGCAAAACGAGCUGGAACAGGAAACGGUUCGAUUGAGAUCAGAAAUCGAAAAUUUCAAAUCCACUCUUGGCCAAAAACAAUCGGAGAUCGAGCGCUUGAGAAGUCACCUCCUAAGUGUCGAAGAGACCUACACCCAAGAAUUGCUCAAAAGCCAAACGAAGGAAAGGACUCUCAAAGAGUCGCUCCAGGCGGCCGAAGAGCGGGCAACUGAGCAAUGGCGAUUAGGAGACCAAAUCAACGUUUGGCAAGACAAAUACCGGCAAUGCCUGGCCGAAAAAGAAAGAUCGGAAAAGGACAAAGCGCAUCAAGAGAAAUCGUUGGAUCGCCUUCAACAUGCCUUACAGCAGCUAACUCGAGAAAGGGAACGAGACAUCGUUUUGGCGCAGAAAGAAUUGGCGCAGAAAUUGGCGCAAGCCGAGAGUCUGCAAAAUGAAAAAGACAGCGAGAUGACGAUGCUUCGUCGGAAACUUUCCGAGGCCCAGUUGGGAUUGGAAGCGGCUGGGCGAUUAACCCAGCAGUUAGACAAGACAACAGCCGCCCUCACAGCUUCAAAGGACGAAGUACGGACCAAAGAAACUGAACUAGUUGCCGUUCGCCGUCAGAUGGAGGAGAUGCGGAGUGGAACUGAUAGCAAAGUUGACAGAUCUCUGGUUAAAAACCUUUUGAUGGGAUAUUUCUCUGCUCCCUCGGCCAAAAAUCGUCUUGAAAUUUUGCGGAUCAUUGCGACUGUUAUGGAUUUUUCUAACGAAGAGCGACGAAAAUCUGGGGUCGAGGAAUCUUCUUCCGGAUUGAGCGGAUGGGCUACUGGGUUGUUGAAAAUGACUGCAAGAUCGAGGACAUCCUCUGGGAACUCUAGUACUGGGGAUGCAGAAAAGUCAUUGUCGGAAGCCUUCAUUAGCUUUAUGGAAACGGAAUCAACACGUCCAAGCCCGCCCAAACUACCUGCUCAGAAGGUUGAUGGUUCUCCAGCUUCAACGAAAUCAAAUAGCAGUAUGACCGAAUUCCAGCCAGGUCGAAAUGAGCCAACCAUUCUAAGAGACGUGCUCCGCGAUACGGAAACUUGAACAUUCGUGGCCCAAAAAUUAAUAUUUUUUGUACAUUGUUUGCUGAUGAUAACGAAAUAUGAUUAAAUAUUAAAGAUUCCAAUGAAA